AAUUUGGCCAGUUGCCUGUGCAUGUUGCAGUGCAGGUGGAUGAUUCAUUCUAAAAGAUCGAGACGAUCUUCUUCCGUCGUCUCUCUCGCCUCUCUACUGUUUUUCCUCUGUCAAAUUCGACUCUUUCUCUCUCAAUCUCUUUCUCAGUUUGUUCCCAACUCUCUCUCCCCCUCUCUCUCUAUCUCGCACACACAUACACAUACUCAGUUUGUUCCCAAAUCGACUGAGGAUGUUUCUGGAAGGAAGCAAUGGGAGAGGGAUGUCAUCGCCCAGUAUCGAUUCGGUUUCGUCGGUGAGAGAUGUCACUUACAGCUGUGGUUCUUGUGGCUACUCAUUAAAUUUGAACUCCUCUUUACGGAAUACAAACAAUAUUGGAUUGAAGUACAGAAAGAUCAUCAAGAAGGGGAUUGUAUCAUUCUAUUCGAUUGAUGAGAGCAGGUUCUCUCAGACAGAUGAGGUUAGUUGUCUUCCAUACUUCAAUUCAAUCAAUUCAUGGGGGUUUUUCAGGCAUCGAACAAAGCUCAGAUGCAGGAAGUGUGGAAGCUACAUUGGUAUUGCUUAUGAGGAAACUUUCCCUUUGCCUUCAUUGGGAUCUGAUUACUGUGAUACAAGCUCGGGCAAUGGUGCCGGGUGUUCAAAAAAGUAUAAGAUCAGAAUCAGCUCACUUCAACCAUCCUCUGAAGAGUCAGGUACCUCUUUUACCAGGAAAUGAUGUUGUUGUGAGAGUCUGGUUCUGCUAAAGUUGAAGUUGUGUUAUUAUUUGUGUUGUGAGCAAUGAGAAGCUUCUUGGCUGAUGAUGAUGUACACAAAUCUGUUCAUCAUGGACAUGGUUGGAAAAUCUGUAAGGGUUUUUGUUUCUGUACUUUAUUUUAUAGUGACACAUACAUAUUAUUUGUUAAGAAGGUUGUCUGCAUAAUUCAUCUAUUUUACUUCUAUAAAAAUCCAUUUUUUGUCA